CUGCAAGAGAAGAAACAGUUCAAACUGUUCAGAGUGAUUGUGUAGUGGGCGGAGCUUCGCCUGCUUUCCCGCCAUCGAUGUUGAUGGACGCCCAGAAGACCCAGAAUGCUCUGCGCCAAACAAAUAUGGCUGCGCCCAUGGACGAAGACGAUGAUGAUGAUCAUGUGCAAUGGAAAAAAACUGUUUUUUCAAAACCAAAGUAUACUUAAUCAUCUCAUGCGGCAAAGACCAUUGGUUAAUACCACUGAACAGCCUGUUUCUAAGAAACGCAAGGCACGUAUUACCAUUCUGACAUAAAACAAUAAUUUCAGCAGUAGUUGUGCAGCUAAAAAAUUUCAUAAUUAAAAUAGAAAGGCAAUAUUCAAAACAAUAUUAUAAAUAAAAUCAGAUUAAAAACUCUGUUAUUGAGAGAUCUAACACUUCAAGAUAAUAUGAUGUAGUUUACAUGGAUAAUUGUGUUUUCAGGUCGCAAAUGAGCCUGAUGAACUAACGUCGGACAAUGAUGUCGAAGAAACUCUUGAUGACCUGAUAUCCAAAGUGCAAAAGGAUAAAGACGAGGACAAGGAUGAAGAGGAUUUCUUAGAAUCAUUAGAAGAGUUUAUGGUAAAAGAUGACAAAACAGGACCAGCUCUAAGUGCUGAGUUAGCAAAAGUUAUCAACACAAAUUUCCAAGUAAGACCAUCUGAAGACAAGGCAAAAAACUUGUGUGAAAAACACAACAGACUCGAAAACUGCUCUAACAUGACGGUGCCCCGUAUCAAUGAAGAAAUAUGGCCAUCGUUAAAGAAAAAGGCACAGUCAAUAGAUUUUAAAAUUCAGAAGUCCCAAACAAUUGUGUUAAAAGCUUUGAGCCCCGCUUGCAGCCUUUUAGACAAAUUGAUUUCGGCAAGAAAAUCAAAAACAUCGGAAGUCACAGAUAUGAAGGAAUGCCUUGAACUAGCACAGGAUACAGUAAAAUUGUUGCAAUUAGCUUUUACAGAUUUAUCUCACAAACGGAGAUAUUUAAUCCGGCCAGAAUGGAAACAGAGUUAUAAACCUCUGUGCAAUGAUUCGAACAAGGUCACAGAAUUCCUCUUCGGGGACAACGUAGAUGAAAAGAUCAAGAAAAUUGAUACCUCAAAGAAAGUGAGCAAAAAACUCCAAGGAUACAGUUUUCAAGGGUCAUCUGCAGGAAAAAAUCAGGGAAGCCAUCAGAAAUCUUAUGGAUCUGGCUACAGAUUUAGUGGAAAACCUCAGACACAUGGCACCUACUCCCAUUCCUACAAAUACGACCAAAACAACAAUGGGUCUUUUUUAGGGAAAGGCAGGGGCAGGAGACCACCUCAAACCCAACAGAAGAAGUAGACAAUUCUACUCAACCAACAAUCACAGACAUAGCUCAUCUUGACCAUUCUUAUGCUGGGGAAAGUAUUGCAGAAAAUUCAGCAGGACAAAACAAAUGCAGUAGUAAUAGCACCACUGUGGCACACACAAGCGUGGUUUCCAGCACUUCUGAAAAUGAUUUAUCUGCAACCUUACCUUCUGAACAACAAAAACAUCCUUACAAUGCCAACAGAUCCGAACAGACAACACAGGAUUCCAAAGCUGAAGAUGGGAUGUUUUCCAUUGUCCGGAAACUUCUUCAGGACAGAGGAAUAUCGGAAGACCUUGCCGUGGUCAUUUUCAACUCCUGGAGGAAAUCUUCUCAAGGACAAUACUGGAGUUAUAUCAAACGAUGGUUGCAAUUUUGUGAUUCAGGGAAAAUUGAUUCAUUUAAUCCAACUGUAAAUGAUUUUCUUUGUUUUUUACAAACUUUGUUUGACCAAAAAUUGUCAUAUAGUGCAAUCAAUACAGCAAGAUCUGCUGUCUCAUCAUUACUUUCACUGUGUGGUAAAGAAAAUUUUGGAUCUCAUACUCUAAUUAAAAGAUAUUUAAAAGGUGUUUUUGUCAAACGACCAACAUUACCAAAGUAUAGCUGCACAUGGGAUGUGUCAAUAGUUAUAAAUUAUUUGAAAACAUUAUAUCCACUUUCAGAAUUGUCUUUGAAACUUCUGUCAUGUAAAACUCUUAUGUUAUUAGCUUUAUUGACUUGUCAAAGAGGUCAAACAUUACAUUUGUUAACUGUUGAUGAUGUAGUUGUAGGAAAUGAUUAUGUAGAAAUUAGAUAUAGUUCUUUGUUAAAAACUUCCAAACCAGGAAAGCAUGUAAAUAAUGUUAAGUUUCCAAUGUAUGUAGAAAAGGAAUUGUGUAUUGUGAGGACACUAUGUGAGUAUUUAGAAAGAACAAAAUUUAUAAGACAAAAUAAGAAAUUGUUUGUCAGUACUAUGAAACCUCACAAGGGUGUUAGCAGAGAUACCAUAAGUAGAUGGAUACCUGAUACAAUGGAAAUGUCGGGGAUAGACAUAUCUAAGUUUUGCCCACAUUCAACACGGGCAGCUGCUACUAGUGCCGCUCAUAAAGCAGGAGUACCAAUAGACAUUAUCAUGGAGAAAGCUGGCUGGUCGAACGCUAGUACUUUUCAAAGGUUUUAUAACAAACCGAUACAGACAUCUGCACAGUUUAAUGAAAGUAUUUUAAAAAGUGUUACUUGAUUAAAUUUGAUAUGAAGAAUGUAAAUAAAUGGAAUGUUCUUUAGUUCUACUCUUAAUUUAUUUA